UUUACUAGCCAAUAGCAUGGGGAAGAUCUCAAAGACUCACAACCCAGGCAGUGAUAAUCAGGCCGAUCAAUUCGAAACCAACGAUGGCAGCCGUCAUCUUGCUGACUCUCCAACCUUCGUAAUCCAAGUUGUUCUCCUUGACUUCCUUCAGCUUCGCGAGACGAUUCUCUUCGGUCAUACGGAGAGACCCUGCAAGCCACCUGCGAUCAAGAUAAUAGAGCCGUUGCUAGAUCGGUCUUGCUUCAAAGGAACGGCAACGUCAAGGACGAUAGAAUUGCCGUUUGCAAAUGCCUUCCAGAUACCAAGAGCGGUACCCAACAAUGAAUCAUCCCCCACUAAGAUGGGAAUUGAAGCGAUAAAAGUGAUGGCGUUAGUAGACAGAGCGAAUGAGGAGAUGAGGAUAGGGCAGAGAGGGUGGACGGUGGACGUCUAUCACAAAGUGAAACGAACUUACCGAAAGGCAUUCUCCAUCCAAUUUUAUCAAAAAAGAAACCGGUCAAUGGGGUCAAAAAGACUGAAGUGAAAUAGUCAGAAUCACGUUUACAGCGUAAGAGGCCUUAGAAAUAAAACAUACUAGGAAUAACAGACUGGAGAGAACUGUUAUAGCCAGCAGCGAGCGUGCUAGUACCUCGGGUAACAGUCUGGAUGUCGGCCAAGUUGGAAGUGUAAACGGAAACGGCGGCAUUCUGGAAGAGUUCUGUCAUGUCACACGUUUAUCAAUAUUUCCGCCGAUAUUGCAAAUGAAGGCUACUUACGAGAACCACAGAAAAUCCAGAAGAACUUGGGCAACCUACGAAGUGUCCCAAACUGGAACUUUCGCUUAUCCCAACCUUCCUUCACCCUUGCAUCCUUCCCAAGAAGAGGCCUAUACUUCUUUGGUACGGCCCGCUCAUACCACCAGUAAAGCAUCACCACAGCCAUGUUCACCGCACAAACGAUAGCAGGGAUCCAUAGAGCCCAACCCCACCAUCCAUUGAUGGUUGACAUGGGUACGGCCGUGUUUUUGGCAAUGACCGAGGUGAUUCGGUUCCAGGCAAUGUCGACAGCGAAUACGAGACCAAGGGAUGUACCGCGGAACCAGUGGGAGUAAAGCUUGUUUUGGGUAGACUCGAUGACUGCAUGAACAG